AUGAGCUCGUGCAAUACCACCAUUCUUCUCCGCCCCAGGCCCUACGAGAGAUUCUCCGGGUCCCUUCUUCUCCUGCCUCUCUUGCCCGAGCCCAAGCCUGUGAAGCCUCUACCAGCCGAGAUAUGGUCGGACAUCAUCGCAUUUGCUUUAGGGUUGAGGGUGCCGGUGGAGAGUGAGACGACAGCUUGGUCCUGGUCGCUUCUCAAAAUCUCUAAGUCGUUCCAUGACAUCACUUUGCCGCUAUUGUAUGCGUCGGUACACUUCACAAGCACAGCAGGCCUCGAGAAAUUCACCAAGAAGCUGUAUGCUGCGGACCAAAAAUGGGAUUCUAUCAGGCGCAUCCCAUACUCCACGCCUGGCCGUUGGGUGCAAACCGUGGAUCUAUCUAGUUUAGUCUUCGAAGGGCAGGCACAAGCACUCCUCCUCGACUCUCUCCUCACCCAGCUCUUCCCAUUGGUGCCAUUUUUGUCGACCUUCUCCAUCAGCCCAUCCUUUGUGCUCAGCCGGAGAGCUCUCUCGUCGUUGGUACACAGAGAAGGUGCCGUUAACAUACGGUCUCUCUCUGGGCUCAGCUACAUCCCAACCCACUCUCCAGCUCCAGAUGACGACCCUUUCGUGCAGCUUCUCAGGAGCUGCCCCAACCUUGAAGUAUUGGAGAUUGUUGGUCAAGGCCUCGAUCUGACAGAACUCGAAUUUGACUUUACAGAGACCAACCUUCCCCCCAUGAUCACGUUCAGCCCGCUAGCGUUACCCAAACUUCGUCUGUUGACCCUGCUCUCCAUGCAUUACUCACCACUCAUGCUCGCCCUUCUACACUCGCCUUUACCUGUACUGCGAAAGCUGACUGUAACACCAUUUGAGGACAUUCCAUACCCAGCCUCACUCGUAUCAGAAUUCAUUACUACCCAUGGUGCCGAUCUCUAUUCCCUGCUAUUAUUCACACCCAAAUCAUGGCCAACGAGACUCCGACCGUCACCCACGAACCUCCUAAUGUGUACGCCUAACCUCAACCAUCUAUCCCUCGAAAUGCCACUUCCGAAUAUCGUCCUGACUGAGCCCCACCAUCUCAAGAUUCUCUCCAUCCCUCGCCCAAAUGCCGAGUUCUGGAGAGUCCUCGAACGACUCUUUCCACUCCUUCCGCACCUCGCCGUCAUACGGACGAGAGACGUCCGCUGGCUCCGGAAAGGCAUUUCCUCCAUGGCUCAAGAAGCUGGAGUCCAAGGCGAAAUGCGCGAAUGGAAACGCCGUCUUGACCGGCGCAGGAUUCGCCUCCUUGAUGCUGAUUGGCGCCAGAAUGUAUGA